AACGGCGCCGUGUUACGUGUAACAAAGCCCUAAGCUUUGGGUUUCCCUCCACCUUCGGCGAAACCAUUCAUCACUUCUCAUAUCUCCUUCACUCUUCAAUUCUAACGCUAGGAUCGCCGCUCAGCUUCUCCUCCCCCUGCACGGCCUCUCUCUCUUCUGUGAUAUGAUCCAUUAACUUCUUUAUGAAAAAUGUGCACAUGAUACUGAUCAUGGUGUUGACACAUACUUCGGAUUAUGCACAUAUCCUGGAUGUGAGCUACGCCACCGAAUAGAUUUUAAGCACUGCUCAACUCCAAACCAUCAAUUCCGCAUACUUUGGAUUGAGGUGCGAUGAUGGGGGUGGAAGAAGAGCAGAGAGAAGCAACUACCAACAAAGUGAUGUGCCUUUUGACAGAUCCAGAUGGAACGCCUCUGGGAGCUGCCAUGUACCUUCCCCAAAAUGCCGGGCACCAACAGCUCCAGCAAAUGGUCAACAAGCUUCUCAACAAUGAGGAGAAGUUGCCUUAUGCUUUUUAUAUAUCAGAUCAGGAGCUUAUUGUGCCACUUGGCACUUAUUUGGAGAAGAAUAAAGUUUCUGUGGAGAAAGUGCUCUCAAUAGUUUAUCAACCACAAGCUAUAUUCAGAAUUCGCCCAGUUAAUCGUUGCUCAUCCACAAUUUCUGGUCACACAGAAGCUGUGCUUUCAGUUGCCUUUAGUCCUGAUGGGAAACAUUUGGCAAGUGGUUCAGGCGAUACCACUGUCAGACUUUGGGACCUCAACACCCAGACACCGCUGUUUACAUGUACAGGGCACAAGAAUUGGGUUCUAUGUAUUGCAUGGUCACCAGACGGUAAGCAUCUUGUAAGUGGGAGCAAAGCUGGAGAACUUCAAUGCUGGGACCCUCAAACAGGGACUCCAUCAGGCAAUCCACUUACUGGCCAUAAAAAGUGGAUUACUGGUAUCUCUUGGGAACCGGCACAUCUGAAUGCUCCAUGUCGACGGUUUGUAAGUGCCAGUAAAGAUGGUGAUGCACGGAUUUGGGAUGUUCCAUUAAAGAAAUGCAUUAUUUGUCUUAGUGGUCACACACUAGCAGUAACUUGUGUGAAAUGGGGUGGAGAUGGAGUAAUUUAUACAGGCUCCCAGGAUUGUACUAUCAAAGUUUGGGAAACUACCCAAGGGAAGCUAAUUAAAGAAUUGAAGGGUCAUGGGCAUUGGGUCAAUUCUCUUGCAUUGAGCACUGAAUAUGUUCUUCGCACUGGGGCUUUUGACCAUACGGGCAAACACUAUACAUCACCAGAGGAAAUGAAAAAGGUUGCUUUGGAAAGGUAUAACAAAAUGAAAGGCAAUGGUCCUGAAAGAUUGGUUUCUGGAUCGGAUGAUUUUACCAUGUUUCUUUGGGAACCUUCUGUCAGCAAGCACCCCAAAACUCGCAUGACAGGUCAUCAACAGCUUGUCAAUCAUGUAUAUUUUUCACCUGAUGGACAAUGGGUUGCAAGUGCCUCAUUUGACAAGUCUGUCAAGUUAUGGAAUGGUACUACAGGGAAAUUCGUCGCUGCUUUUCGAGGUCAUGUUGGGCCUGUCUAUCAGAUUAGCUGGUCUGCAGACAGUAGGCUUCUUUUGAGUGGCAGCAAAGAUUCCACACUCAAGGUAUGGGAUAUCCGGGCACAGAAGUUGAAACAAGACCUUCCAGGUCAUGCAGAUGAGGUUUAUGCUGUUGAUUGGAGUCCAGAUGGUGAAAAGGUAGCUUCAGGUGGUAAAGAUAGAGUAUUGAAGUUAUGGAUGGGUUAAAUUGACCGAGCCCCAAUACGUAAUUGAAAUUUUGAAUAUGGUUAUUCUAGUGCUUUGAUCGGUGUGCAACUAUUGCGUUAGCUAUCAGAUACCAUAUAGUGUUUUUUGCACUACUUGCAGUGAUGAUGAGUAAGAUAUGAUUUUAUUAAUAACUUCAGAGGGUGUAACCCCUCACUCUCUCACUA